AUGAUGGCGCACCGCGUGCCGCAAAUUGUGGCCAACUGCGAGACCGAAGGUGAGGUGACUGCAAAGCGCUUCGCAGCGGAAAGGACGGUUUGA